AUGGCUAAAAGCAUCUACGAUACUGUUCCCGAUGUCCUUUCUAAAGCGGAGGAGCAGUCCGCUCUAUACCAGGCCUGCAAUGCCGUCGCACGCUCUUAUAUGGCUAACAUUACCCGAACUUCGAAGGCAACCUCGGAUCGAGCUAAAGCAUACGGAAUUGCGCUUAUGGCUAUCCGUUCAGCUAUCCAGGAUCCUCAACAAUGUAAAAGCGACAAUACAUUAUUAGCCAUAUGGCUGCUAGGACUAUACGAGCUCCUCUUAGGCGUGCGAAGUGACAAUGAGCCAGUUGCGACUCCUGGGUGGCAAAUUCACAACCAUGUGUUGUCAGAGAUGAUCCGCCUGCGUGGCUCGGAGCAGUUUACUACUCGGAACGGGCGGAAUCUUUUCGUCGUUAUCUUGAACAGUGUGGAAACCAAAGCACUCAUGUCUGGCAAAGAAAAUAAAGACGCAUUCACAUGCCGUAUUCGCGCCCUAAUUGAUACAGGCGACCUCGACGAGAUGCUGUCCAACUCUCCGUCCAUUCUCCAAGACGUGGACGACGUGGAGCAAGCAACCCAACCCUUGUCUCACGAGAAGGCGGUGUCAAGCUAUAUGGUGGACCCCCCACUGACGCCGUAUGUUCAGCCGAAGUACCAAUACCCAUGUUAUGUCGGUGUCCAAGUUCUCCAAAGCAACUUCCGCAUGCGCCUCUCAUACGCAGUCUUGGAAUUCUUGUGGUAUGCUUGCAAGGCUCCGGCCUGUACGCCUCAACAGCGGAUGAUUUUUAAGCGGUACCAGCGUCGCUGUGUCGAGGAGAUCCAAGCCCUUGUGAAUAAAGCCUCACGUGUACUGCAUGUUUUGCCUGAUAUGGGGUCUGAUAACCUCCUCGAUCAGAGGGAGGACGCAGCGGAUGAACUAAAUGGCAAUGAUUUCCGCACUGGAGAGUCGCCAGAUACAGUGCAAGGUCCAUCCGGAGAGGCACGCGAGCCCUCCGCCGGAGCUGUGAGGGUCUGUCUUGACUUUGAAAAGCAAGGUCGAAAAUCCACUUUAUUAUUCAAUCACACUGACCGUGGAAUAUCGGUUCUUCGGUUUCGGUUCGGGAAUGAGACACAAGCACACUAG